AUGGCGGCUGACAGCGCGGAUCCGCCGAUAGGUGCAGUUCGGGCAACUCUGCAGCUGACGCGGCUCUUCUGGUGGGACAGUGACGGAGCCAGCAGGCUGCGUGCUUUCAGCCGCCUUGCUGCCAUCGUGGCUGUCCUCCUCUUCCGCGGCAAAUCGCGAAUCUGGCUCUCGCAAGCAAAACGACGAGAAACAACGCGGCUGCUGUCUGGGUCACUGGAUGCACGGUCCGUCCUCGAGUCCGUGCUGAGGUAUGUGGGCUCAGUGGUGCUCCUGAGUCCAGUGAACAGGCUCUACUACCGGCUCUUUCGCGGUCUCCGCCUGGCGUGGGAGGAGCACCUCACACGCGGCUUCCUAGGCUGCUUCCUUGAGGCACAGUGCUACGGCCACCGGGGAGGACUGUUGGACUUCGACGAUCGUCGAAGGGAUUCGCUGCCUGAUCAGAGGAUUUCGGCAGAUGUCGGCAAGUUCACUUCGCUGGCGACCACGCUGGGUUUGGACAGCCUCCAGGCCGCGAUCGACCUCUACUUCUACGCCACGCUCUUGAGGACGCUGUCGCCUGCGCUGGCCCGCACGUCCCUUCUCGGAGCAUUGCUGGGGACCCUGAUGGUGCAGUUCCUCGGCCGUGAUCUCCCGGCACUCUACUCCGCCGAGCGGGCGGCCGAGGGGAAGUUCACGUACACGCUGACGCGCAUGCGGGAGAAUGCUGAGUCCAUCCUCUUCUAUGGUGGCCAAAGACAGGAGACUGCGCGGGCAGAUGAAGUCCUCAAGCUCCGCCACCGCACGGAGUGGGAUCGCUUGGCGCAGAAGGACCUGGUCCAGCUCGUAGGGGAUCAAUACCGCCAGGUACCACAAGAUGAGCACAGAAACAUCUACAAUCAGGUCCUUGCCCUCGGCCCGGCCCUCGUCCUCGUGCAGUUUGCCAGUGGUGCGCGAGAUGCGGCGCUGCUAACGCAGGCAAACGAGGCGUGA